GCAUCUUGAACAAUCAUGCAUCAUCAUCAGCAGCAUUCCCUCACAGGUUCACAUCCAAUCCUCUGCUAGCUCACACCUCUCUUUCUCUCUCUCUCUCUCGCUCGCUCGUUCGCUCGCUGCUCUCUCUCUCUUCCUCCCAGACACAGUGACACACACAAGCACACACACUUUAUUCUCUACCCUCAACUCUGCAGAGAGGAAAAGAAUGGCUAAAUUCACCAUUUCCAAAUUUACCCUUUUCAUCGUCUCGUACUUGCUUCUCUCCCCCUCUUCCCCCAUUGUCGCUCUCAACAUUACAACCCUCCUCUCCGUUUACCCUGAUCUUUCGGACUUCAACAACCUCCUCACAACCACCUCCGUCGCUGAAGAUCUGAACCGCCGGUCCUCUGUCACUCUCCUGGCCGUCCCAAAUCACUUCCUCCGCUCCUCUUCUGAUCUGACACAUAGAUCCUCCCCCGCCAACAUUGCCGAUGUUAUACGGUAUCACGUCCUCCUCCAGUAUCUCUCGUGGUCGGAGCUCCGCCAGAUUCCCCCUGCCGGAAAGCUUGUCACAACCCUCUACCAAACCACCGGCCGGGCCACUAACAACCUCGGCGCGGUUAACAUCACACGUGACCCCCUUGACGGCACUGUCUAUAUUCGUUCCCCCGUUUCCUACUCUCCGUUAAAUGCCACCAUUCUCUCUCUAAUCAAGACCCUUCCUUACAAUGUUAGCAUCUUCACCAUUAAUUCCCUCCUCGUCCCUUACGGAUUCGAUUUAAUGGCGUCAGAGAACCGGCCCCCGUUGGGGCUGAACAUUACUAGGGUUCUAAUCGAUGGGCACAAUUUUAACGUCGCGGCGUCAAUGCUUACGGCGUCCGGGGUGGCGGAGGAAUUCCAGGCGGAUGAAGGUGGGGCGGGGAUAACCGUGUUCGUUCCGACCGACGACGCGUUUGCCGAUCUUUCGACGACUGAGAGGUUGCAAUCCUUGCCCGCCGAGAGAAAAGCUGUGGUCUUGAAGUUCCAUGUUCUGCAUUCUUACUAUCCAUUGGGUUCGCUGGAGUCGAUUGUGAAUCCUGUGCAACCUACUUUAGCGACGGAAGCCAUGGGUGCUGGGACAUUCACAUUGAAUAUUACGAGGGUUAAUGGGUCGGUGGCGAUUGAUACGGGGAUCGUUCAGGCGUCCGUAACCCAGACAGUUUUUGAUCAAAACCCAGUUUCCAUCUUUGCAGUUUCGAAGGUUUUAUUGCCGAGAGAGAUUUUUGGGAGGGAAGCCCUUGGGGCGACGAGGAGUGGCAAUGCAGGGGUGGGAGCUGCGCCUCCAGAAAUAUCGUUUUCGCCAGAGAAUUCACCUUCUCUGGAGAUCCCACCGACCCAUCUCUCCUCUUCUCCAGGUUUACGCGAGGAGAUCCGAUCGGGUGCAGCCGUUACUGGCGUACAAAGAACCGCCGUUGCUGUUGCUCUCUGCUGUAUAGCAUUGUACUUAGUGGUAUGAGAUUUUUUUUUUUUUCAAAAUUUCUUUCCCUGUUUUUCUUUACUUUUUAAUUUCGUUCUGGUUUUUAAUUCUUUUCCUACACGAAAAAUUGUAUGUAGCUGCAAAGCAGCAUUCUUUUCUUGGGGGUGGGCUUUACUGCUUUAGUUUAGCGGGGAAGAUUUUUGUCGGAAUAAUUUGAGAACAAAAAUACCAAAUUUCUCCUCUGGGUAGUGAUCUGAUCGAUGUGUCGCUGUAAAAUGCUGGGAAUCAGUUCUUUCUACAUGUUUCUUUUGCCUUGUAUGAGUUGUUUGAAAAGAAAAAGAAUGAUUUUGUCUAAAUUUCUUUGA